AUGGCGACCUACGAGAUAUGCCACCCGCUAUUGAUCCCUAGUAUGCUUGUCGAAAUCGAGAGGCGACGCCAUCUACCAAUUAUAGAUCACACUCUUGAUGGAAUUGAAGCGCGGUUCCUGGAGGUGGACGAUCCCGAGUCUCUGCAAUACAUAACAGAGGCAGAGAAGGUCACUCGCAAGGAAGCAAAGAGAUCAGCCUGGCUAGACAUGCUGUAUCUCCGCAACCAGUUGAUGAGCUGGAAUACAUGCUUGGAAGCCCUGUACGAACAUGCAGAUCACCUUAACCGGACAACAUUUCGAGACAUUGGUAUUUCUUCUCAAUUGGGGAAUAGAUCUGCCGAGGAGUUUAGUAUUCACGGAGACAGUUCUUCAGACUCUGGCGCAGAUUGGAAUGCCCCAAUUGAUGGAUUAUGUUUGGGAAACAGCAAGGACAGCCAGGAAGCUAACAAAGCUAAUACAGAUGUCGUUCUUGCGGAUCUUCAAUUUGGCAAUAGUCAAAACUUGGAGUCAAUAAGAAGUUCCAGGGGCUAUAUGAGACGAACGGGUGCCAAAAUGCAAGCAAGACUGCGGGGGGUUAUCAAGGACUAUAAUGAAAAGAUUCGAGAGUGCACAGCUGGUUUUGAAGGCAUGGCCAUGACGACGCAAUGGGUUAGUCAUCCUUUUGUCUUCUUUGUCUCUUUCGAAACCUUUGCUAACAGCGUCGAGACUCAAGGUGAAACGAACGUCGAGAUAGCAUUGGCGACUAGUCAGGCCUCACGUCAUAUGCGUUCCAUCGCACUACUCACUAUGAUAUUCCUCCCUGGAACCUUUUUUGCAAGUAUAUUCUCGAUGGGAUUCUUUGAGUGGAAAUCCGACGAUGGCACUAUAUCUGUGUCUCAGUCCUUCUGGAUCUACGUGGUCCUCGCCAAAGGCUUUACAGCUUUCACCGUUGGAGCUUGGUGGUACAUCGGAGUCUAUCGCUACAAGAGACACAAGAACAUUUUCUCAGCACUCAGUGCAAGCCGUUUCCUGAGUCUAAGACCACUCAAGUCUUUGCGACAUCGGAUUGUGAAGGCUAUAAUGGAAAGGGUGAAUAGAAUUUCAUCUCCUCCAUAA